AUGUCCAGUUUCAACGUUGGCACCGCCCUCAUUCCCUCGGUCUUGCUGGUCGCCGGUGUGUAUGCCGUCAAGCCUGAGUUUGUCGCGUAUGCUGUCGCUGCUGCCGCCGCCUUGACUGGUCUUGCCUUCUUUACCGGAAGCAGCAAGCCUCGUAAGGUCCUGAACCCCACCGAGUUCCAGAACUUCGAGCUCAAGGAGAUCAACAACAUCUCCCACAAUGUUGCCAUCUACCGUUUUGCCCUCCCCCGUCCUACCGAUAUCCUCGGUCUGCCCAUCGGCCAACACAUCUCCCUCGCCGCCACUAUUGAGGGCCAGCCCAAGGAGGUUGUGCGCUCCUACACCCCCAUCUCCUCCGACAAUGAGGCCGGUUACUUCGACCUGCUCGUCAAGGCUUACGCUCAGGGUAACAUCUCCAAGUACCUCACCACACUGAAGGUCGGCGACACCAUGAAGGUUCGUGGCCCCAAGGGUGCCAUGGUCUACACUCCCAACAUGUGCCGUCACAUCGGUAUGAUCUCCGGCGGUACUGGUAUUACUCCCAUGCUGCAGGUCAUCGAGGCUAUCAUCCGCAACCGUCCCCGCAACGGCGGAAAUGACACCACCAAGGUCGACCUGAUCUUUGCCAACGUCAACCCCGACGAUAUCCUGCUCAAGGAGAAGCUGGAGAAGCUCGCCAAGGAGGACGCUGACUUCAACGUCCACUACGUCCUGAACAACCCCCCUGAUGGCUGGAUCGGUGGUGUUGGUUUCGUCACCCCCGACAUGAUCAAGGAACACCUGCCCGCCCCCGCCGCCGACGUCAAGAUCCUGCUCUGUGGCCCUCCCCCCCCAUGGUUAGCGCGAUGA